GACAGAAAACAGUCAGUCGUCCCAGGGCGCUCGACGGGAGACGCGCAGGCGAUUCGCGAUUCACGCGUCACUCGUCGCCGUGACACGCGGUCUCUCUUCUGACUUGUCGGAUUGAAGGUUGAUACAUGGUGACCCGGCCAACCGUCAGACGUUAUCUCGCCGAGUAAAACGAGUCGGGAUUCGAGAAGGGAAUAUCGAGUCGCGUUUCAUUUUCCUCUCGGAAGCUCCUCGCGCUCCGAAGUCUCGCGUAGCUUUUCACGAUAGUCGAGCACAGUGGUGUGAAGGAAACGGAAGGAAUAAUUUCGUCUUCGCUUGGAUCAGUGUCCGAAAGUGCGAUCGUCAGUGAGUCACGUCCGUCGUACUUAAAACUCCAUCGUCCUUCCGCGUAUCUCUCUCUCUCUUUCUCUUUCCGUCUGUCCGUCUCUCUGUACACCUCGCCGCGGGUUUUCGCGCCUGACUCUUUCGGGAGCAGCACGACCACAUUUAUGGGGGUGUCCGGAGAGUGCGUGAUCAAGGGCAGCAAAAGCAGCCACCCCUGUCUCUGCUGCAGCCACGUCGGCAGUUCCGGCGCGAGCGUGCAACAGCAGCAGCAACCCAGCAGCGAGCCGUAUCACCAUCAUCAUCAUCAGCACCACCAUCAUCACCAUCACCAUCAUCAUCACGGCAAGCACGCACCAGGGAGCGCGUCGCCGCAGCACAACAACAGCGGCGACAACAACAUCCUGGCACCUUUGCGCAGCAAGAUGAAAGUGCUCAAGAAGCUCAAGCGCAAGAUGGGUCUAGCGCCCAGAUCCUCGAGCGCGGGAACCAACAACCUGCCACCGUUGACGUUUCACCACGUCCACGGUGACAACAUCAGGCUGUGCAAUGGCGGCACGAUCGCCCGGAGGCACGAGAGCUUUUGCAAGGGUGUCACCUUUAGCGCCAGACCCGUGCGAGUGGGCGAGAAGGUCUGCGUCAAGUUUCUGGAGAUCUCCGACAAUUGGAGCGGCGUGAUCCGUUUCGGCUUCACCAGCAACGAUCCGAUCAACCUGCGGAGCGGUCUGCCGAGAUACGCGUGUCCAGAUUUGACAAACAAGCCCGGCUACUGGGCUAAGGCGCUCGCCGAGCGGUUCGCCGAGAGGGACACGGUGCUCUUCUAUUACGUCACGUCGGCCGGCGACGUGCACUUUGGCGUGAAUGGCGAGGAGAAGGGCCUCUUCUUCAGCGGCGUCGAGACCCGCGGGCCCCUGUGGGCGAUCAUUGACGUUUACGGCAACAGCACGGCGAUCGAGUUCGUCGACCCGAAUCGUCAACACUUCAACAACAUCCGCAGGGGCGCCGAGCACAGCAACGAGGACAACGCUCAGCACAGCAGGCACUCGGCCAUGGACGACGCCAGCAACGCCGGCCGAGACGUCGAAAGGAUAAUCGUGCCGUCUAUGCAGAGCAUGUCGAUCCAUCACGAGCCCGACGUCGAGUUACCCGGGCUCAGGUUUCAACCCCCCGGUGUCAUCUUCACUCCUCUGCCCUUCCACUCCACUCGGGGCAGGAACAUCCGUUUCAGCAAUCAACAGUGCGUGGCGACGCGCAACGACACGGAAUUCUGUCACGGCUACGCGUUCACGGGUCGGCCGUUGCUGCUGGGCGAGCGACUGGUCGUGCAAAUCCUCUCCACGGAACCGAUGUACGUUGGCGCUCUAGCACUGGGCCUGACCUCGUGCGACCCGGCGCGACUCACGGCGGAGGACCUACCGGACGACAGCGACCUGCUGCUGGACCGUCCCGAGUACUGGGUCGUCUCCAAGGACGUGGCGUCGAGUCCGCAGCCUGGCGACGAGAUCGCCUUCACGGUCACGCACUACGGCGAGGUGCAGAUGAGCAAGAACGGCGGCCCGCCCAACGUCGUCAUGCACGUCGACCAGAGUCUUCAGUUGUGGGCAUUCGUGGACGCCUACGGGAGUACUCAGCGUGUCAGAAUGCUAGCCAGCAGACCGACCUCGCCGCCUCGACAGCGCCAGAGCAACCCGUCGCCCGCCAACAUCGUUCAACAGCAGCAGCAGCAGCAGCACUCGAACCACAGCAACGCCGCCACCGAACUGUCAAGAUUCUCCGAGAUGGUGCAGUUCAAGCCGGCCGUAGGCGGUGGUACCGUACUCGUCGUGAAUCUUCCACCGCAGGCCGGUUACCCGACGCCACCGCCGCCCACGCCGCAGCCCAUCUACGCGUCCGCGACGCACAGGAAUCCACCCCCGCAGCCGGUGCAUCUCUCGGUGGCCGCGCCCGCGCCGGUCCCGCACCCCGGUUCCUCGAGACAGUCUUCGCCGCCGUUAACCGGCACCAUGGCCAGCACCGGCUCGUCCACGUACGUCGACCCGGUUACCUACCAGAGCCUGGAGGGCACCUUGACGCAUACGGCGCACGCAACGUCGUCCCAUCUGCAGCAGUGGAGCGAAGGCCUGCAACCGACGCUCGCCGGCCAGCCGAGCGAAUGCUCCAUCUGCUACGAGCGCAGCAUCGACAGCGUGCUCUACAUGUGCGGCCACAUGUGCAUGUGCUAUACCUGCGCGAUUCAGCAGUGGCGCGGCAAGGGCGGCGGCCACUGUCCGCUCUGCCGGGCGCCGAUCCGCGACGUUAUCCGCAUCUACCGCUCCUGAACGGUUCCGAAUUGAGAGAACGUGAGAGUGAGAGGGAGAGAGAGAUCGCGGAUGUGCUUGUAUCCGGUUUUCGCCGCCGCCGCGUCCAUCAUUGUGCUUCCGUCGUCUUGGUUUCCUUCCGCGUCGAAUCCAUCGCGUUUCUCGCCCGUGUCCUCUCGCGACCAUCGGAAUACGAAUAAAUGAUGUAGAACAGAAGCGAAAGUCACCGUUUUCACACUGCCAUUGUAUCUUUUUUUUUAACGAAACGCGAGGUCAAAUAUAUAUGAGAAAGUAACGUAAUUAUUUGUUUCGCGAGUCGCCUCGCGUCAAAUUAAGCAGUUCCCGACGUGCCAAUGAGAUCGCGUCGUUGUCAAUUAACAUGUCAAUAGGUGGACCACCGCAUCGUGCACAAAGAAAGCAGCGGUACUUUCAAAAUCGCGAUCACUGCCGCCGUUACCGAUUAAGCGAGGACACGGAGAUGAAUCGCGGUGGGUUCGAACAAGUGAGAGAGAGAGAGAAAGAAAGAGAGAAUGAAUGACAAAUCGAUGUAGUUGAUUGAGUUUGCUUGUAUAUCGAUAUACUGUCUGCCAGUCUGUGAGAGAAACGCGCGAAUGAAUGCGAUGUCAUUGACAAAAAGAGACAGAUUGAUCCUAGAUAUUUUCACAAGCGACAUAAUCGUCACUACAAUUACCACAAUUACUAUUACCGCUCUCAAUUAUUACUACUACUAUCGCUAUAUUACUAUUACUAUACUAUUAUCGUACUCUUCCAGCCUUUAA